GUACAAGCUGACACAAGGCUAUAACAAUCGCGCGGAGGUGUUCUGUUCGAGUCGAGUCACUAUAUAAGUUGGAGACAGUGUUGGUAUUGUAUCACAAACGUAACUGAGUGAUCAUAUUUGAAUAAUUGAGUUACAGCCAGGACUUAACUUAGUAUUUAAAUUGGAUCAAAAUGUUCAACUCAAAGCUAUGCAAGUUGGUGACUACUGCGCUAUCACUUUUGUUCAUGGCGUCCUACACUGCAGCCGGGCUAGUUAAAACAUGCAAUAUUGAAUUAGGAGACAUUAUAUUUAUAUUGGAUGUCUCAUCCUCCAUCGGUGACAAGAACUUUGAAAUUCAGAAACACUAUGUUUCCAAUAUAACUAGAGAUUUUACUGUCAGUCCAACUCAAGUUCGAUUUGGUUGCUUGAUAUUUGACGCCAACCCAACAAAGCAAUUUGACUUGAAAGACUAUUUGGACAAUGAUUCUUUAAGCAAAGCCAUCUUGGACAUCAAAUAUCCAUACAAGAGUGGAACGCACACCCACAAGGCGCUAAUGGAGGUUUUGGAAAAGAAAAUGUUUGAUACUGAGGCAGGAGGCAGGGAUGAGGCGCCGAACAUUGUCAUUGUAAUAACAGACGGGCUUUCAACAUAUCCAGAGAAAACUAAACUGGCAGCCAAAGAGUUAAAAUCCAGAAACAUCAUCACCAUAGCCAUCGGCAUUGGUUUAAGACAGUCAACACAGGAGCUUGGUGUCAUAGCCAGCGAUCCAUCUUUAGUGUUUAAUGUGACAGACUUCAGCGUCUUGUCGGGCAUAGAAAAAGAUCUAGUUAGGAAAACAUGUGGAGUAGCGACAACUACAACCACAACAGAGGAACCGACAACUACAACCACCACAGAGGAACCGACAACUACAACUACAACCACAACUACAACAACUGCUUACACAAGACCCCCCUACCCGCCAUCCACUCCGACGCCGUGUAAAAACACCACUAAGGCGGACAUUAUCCUCGUCAUCGACGCCUCCACCAGCAUUAAAUCUGAAAGAUGGCUGAAUCAAACUCUCUUCGCUUCUACUGUGACAAGCUAUUUUAACGUUGGACCCGAGGAAGUCCAGUUCGGAGCUUUGAUUUUCAACGCUGCUCCGGUAAAAUUGUUUGAUCUGAAGACUUAUUCGGACCAUGCCUCACUCAGUAAGGCACUUCUGGACGUAAAGUACCCAAAUACAAAAGGCACCUUCACCUCCAAGGCUCUGAACGCAGUCGUUGAGUGGAAUAUGUUUGGUGAGGCGGCAGGUGGUCGAGCCGAUGCACCCAACAUUGUUAUCCUUAUGACUGACGGUAAAUCCAACAACAAGUCUGAGACCGUACAGGCAGCCAACAACUUAAAGGCAGCUGUUGAUGCGACCAUCCUGGCCGUUGGCAUAGGAGCAGACGUGAACAAAGGCGAACUGAAGGCUGUGGCCAGUGACGACAAGUACGUCUUCUACUCACAAGACUACAUCGUCCUGGACUACAUCAGCAAAGAUUUAAUCAGUGUCACAUGCCGUACAGCAGGCGACCUGCAAGCCAAGCUCAAGUAGAGACAAGACUGCAAUCGACAUUAGUGUAGAGGAAGGAUCGAUGCAGUUGUACUUUUUAUCUAUUGAUGAAUUUCUUCAUGCAUAAUAAAUAUUAUAGUUAUCAUUAUUAUAAUUAUUAAUAGC